AUGCAUUUAGCGGUAUUCCGUGCAGCGUUUCAAGUAAACUGGUUAUUGUUUGACAAAAUGUCAUCUCCUAGCAAGAGGCGAGAUAUGGAUGUUAUGAAACUAAUGAUGAGUGAUUACUCAGUGGAGACAAUAAAUGAUGGAAUCAGCGAGUUCAAUGUGGAAUUUCACGGUCCAAAAGAAAGCCUCUAUGAAGGAGGAAUCUGGAAAGUACGGGUUGAAUUGCCAGAUGCCUAUCCUUACAAAUCUCCUUCCAUUGGGUUUCUUAACAAAAUUUUCCACCCAAAUGUUGAUGAGCUGUCUGGUUCUGUAUGCUUGGAUGUCAUUAACCAGUCAUGGAGUCCAAUGUUUGAUCUCUUAAAUGUAUUCGAGGUCUUCCUCCCUCAGCUUUUACUUUACCCGAAUCCAUCAGACCCACUGAAUGGUGAUGCAGCAUCCCUGAUGAUGAAGGAUAAGGAACAGUAUGAACAAAAAGUUAAAGAGUUCUGUGAACGUUAUGCGAAGAAGGAAUGCAUUGUCAACGACCCAACAGAUGAAAGUGAUGAAGAACUGAGCGAUGAGGAUUUUAGUGAUGGACGGACUGAUAGUGACGAUGAUGUUGCAGGACAUGCAGAUCCAUUGGCAAACUGCUGA